AUGUGUGGUAUCUUCGCCUGUCACCGUCAUCCCGACGUACAAAAGUUCAAGCCUACGGCUUUGAAGCUUGCAAAGGCCAUCCGUCACCGUGGCCCCGAUUGGAGCGGAAGCGUCAUUUCCAACAAGACGAUUCUGUGCCAUGAGCGUCUUAGCAUCGUCGGCGUCGCAGAGUCCGGUGCCCAGCCCCUUACCAACGAGGAUGAGAGCAUCGUCCUCGCCGUUAACGGUGAAAUCUACAACCACCGUCUGAUCCGCAAGUCCCUCAAGCACAAAUACCACUUCAAGACCGGCUCCGAUUGCGAGGUUGUCAUCCCUCUGUACAUGGAGUAUGGCCUCGAUGCCCCGAAGCACCUCGACGGCAUGUUCUCCUUUGUUUUGUACGAUAAGAAGCAGGACCGCACAAUCGCCGCCCGCGACCCCAUCGGCAUCACCACCCUCUACUACGGCUGGUCCUCAAAAGAGCCCGACGCGGUCUACUUUGCCUCCGAGCUGAAGUGCCUGCACAGUGUCUGCGACAAGGUCGAGGCCUUCCCCCCUGGUCACAUCUACGACUCUGCCACUGGCAAGACCACAAGAUACUUCGAGCCUACCUGGUGGGACGCCGCAAAGGUCCCCGAGACCCCUCUCGACCUUAAGUUGAUCCGCGAGAAGCUCGAAAAGUCAGUCAGAAAAAGGCUCAUGGCUGAGGUACCAUACGGUGUCCUGUUGUCCGGUGGUCUGGAUUCCAGUUUGGUCGCGGCCAUUGCCCAAAGGGAGACUUUGCGGUUGAAGCAGGCUGCCCUCGAUGCCAAUGGUGGCGCGCUUCCCAUGACGGAGAACCCCGAUACUGGCGAUGGCAUGGUCGGUAUCGACGACGAUAACAAGCUGUCGACUGUCACAUAUCUUCCCCAGCUCAACUCCUUCUCUAUCGGUCUCCCAGGAUCGCCCGAUAACAAGGCUGCCCUCGAGGUCGCCAAGUUCCUCGGCACCAAGCACCAUGUCAUGACCUUCACGAUUGAGGACGGCCUGAACGCUCUGUCCGACGUCAUCUACCACCUCGAGACAUACGAUGUCACCACGAUCCGUGCCUCCACACCGAUGUACCUCCUUUCCCGUAAGAUCAAGGCCAUGGGCAUCAAGAUGGUUCUCAGUGGUGAGGGAAGUGACGAGAUCUUCGGAGGCUACCUUUACUUCCACGCCGCUCCCGACAAGAAGGCAUUCCACGAGGAGACUGUUCGCCGUGUCAAGAACUUGCAUCUUGCUGACUGCCUGCGUGCCAACAAGUCCACCUCCGCUUGGGGUCUUGAGGCGCGUGUGCCCUUCUUGGACAAGGAGUUCCUCGAGGCCUGCAUGAACAUCGACCCCUCAGAGAAGAUGAUCACCAAGGAGAAGAUGGAGAAGUACAUCCUCCGUAAGGCGUUUGAUACCUCUGACGAGCCCGGCGCCGAGCCGUACCUCCCGGACAACAUUCUGUGGAGACAAAAGGAGCAGUUCUCCGAUGGUGUCGGAUACGGAUGGAUCGACGGGCUCAAGGACAACGCCGAGCUCCACGUUACGGACGAGAUGAUGAAGAACCCCAAGCCGGAAUGGGGCACCGACAUUCCGGACACCAAGGAGGCAUACUGGUACCGCCUCAUGUUCGACGAGCACUUCCCGCCGCAUUGCGCCUCGACCGUUAUGCGCUGGACCCCCACAUGGUCCAAGCAGACGGAUCCCAGUGGCAGAGCUAUUGCCGUCCACGAGCAAAAGUACGAGACUGCCGCAUAA